GGGGCAUGUUCCUGUGGCACUGGCAGUACCUCUGCCACGUGUGAUCUGGGCUGGACUUUGCCUGAUGGGGCACUGCCCCGGGCACAGUCCUGCCACAAGAACCAAUACUGCCCUGGCACAGUCCUGGCAAAGGAGCCAGCUGAUCCCAAGGUUGUGGAGGCUGCCAGCAGGGACGACAGCCAGUUCUGUCUGGACCCACUGUCAGCCAUGGAGCAGGAGGAUGCAAUCAGGCAGGGGCUGGGAAGCCUCCAUGGCAUUCCCCUCUUCAAGAGCUUCAUUGAGGGCUGGCCACAGGUGAAGGCUUUCCAAGCCCGUCCAGAUGACUUGCUCAUCUCCACCUACCCGAAAUCAGGCACGACGUGGCUGAGUGAGAUCAUGGACAUGAUCUACCACAAUGGCAACGCGGAGAAGUGCCGACGGGAUGCCAUCUACAACCGUGUGCCCUUCCUGGAAAUGAAGGUCUUCAAGGGUCCGAGUGGCGUUGAGCAGCUGGAGAACACCCCAUCCCCACGGCUUGUAAAGACCCAUCUCCCGGUCCAGCUCCUCCCAACCUCCUUCUGGGAGAAGGACUGUAAGAUUAUCUACAUGGCCCGUAACCCCAAGGAUGUUGUCAUCUCAUACUACUACUUCCACCUGAUGGCCAAGGUACACCCUGACCCUGGCACGAUGGCUGAGUUCUUGGAGAACUUCAUGGCUGGAAAAGUGGCCUACGGGUCCUGGUACGACCAUGUGCGUGGAUGGUGGGAGAAGAAGCAGGAGAAGAAGAUACUCUACCUCUUCUAUGAGGACAUGAAGAAGGACCCACGGCAGGAGGUGCAGAAGAUCUUGCAGUUCCUGGGCAAGGAGUUGUCGGAGGAAACAGUGGAGAGGAUCCUGCACCACACCUCCUUCCAGGAGAUGAAGAAGAACCCUGCUGCCAACUAUGAGACCAUGGCCUUCACGUUCAUGGAUCACAGCCUCUCCCCCUUCCUCCGGAAAGGUAUCACUGGAGACUGGAAGAACCAUUUCACUGUGGCCCAGAAUGAGCGCUUUGACCAGCACUACCAGGAGCACAUGGCAGGCUCUGACCUCCACUUCCAGAUGGAGGUUUGAGGUGCUCAUCUCCCUUCCCAGGAGAAUUGCGCUUCUCCUUGCUCUCCCAGUGGGGAGGGUGGAUCCAGAUGGAGUUUCUUUCACUAAUUCACUUUUCCCCCUGCAAUAAAUUGUGAUAAAUAGA